GAUCUCGCCUCCGACAGUCUCAAACGUAAACGUGCGGUGUACGAACGUGUACCGGGUUAAUAUAUAAAGUUGAAUACUCGUAAAUUUCGUGAGAAUGUGUAACGUAUGUACCAAGGAGGCUGUGGCGCCGGCGCCGGCCCCUGUGAAGCCUAACAAGGCUUUGGAGAGGUUGAAGAAGAAGCAUAACAUCGUCACCGAUCCCACUGACCAGGAGAAGCAGAAGUCCGUGGCGUACCAGCCUGAUCUCCUGGCGAUGUCAACGCAGUACUCCAAGUUAGCGUUCGACGUGUUCAAACAGACCCUAGUGCGGGUGCAGGAGACGAAAGCUUAUGCGAUCGCGACGAAAACGACGCAACCGUUCCACGUGGCGCUGGCGGUACUGGUGGUGGCUGCGUGGCUAACCCGCGCUGGCUCCAGCGCGAGUGUGCGCGGCUGGAGGGCGCUGUACGUUGGCGCUGUGGCCACCCACCUCGGGGCGCAGAUCUGGAUGACCUUGAUAUCUGGUAUCGUGCUGUACUUUUCUCUGCCGCGCCACGAGUUCGGGCGGGUGCAGACGGUUCUAUUCCCCGUGUACUACGCCUUCAACUCGCUGGUCAGCCUGCUCGCCGCGCUGGCGUACUUCCGCACGCAGUGUCUCACGCGCUUCGAGCACACCUCCUGGGUACAACUAGCUCUGUUGUUAGUCGUAUUCAGCAUCGAGGCCUACGUGCGCCUUGUCCUCGUGAGGCCGAUGUUGCGCGCCAAGCACGUGAAGACACAGAUGGAGGAGGCCGCGGGGGGCGGACAAGAAGUUGGUAGUCUUGUCCUUGGUGAACUAGCUCACUGUCCCCGCUACUUGCGCGUUCUGAAGACCUUCCGCGCAUACCACUCCUCAAUAGCCAUGGGAACUAUGAUCACCCUUGGCUGCUCCUUCUACUCCACGAUGAUUAUAGUCGACUCGAUGUGCCAUUAAAAUAUCUUCUACACUUAGAAGUGUUUUAAAUCGCAACUGUUGCCAGCGCAAUAUAUUUUGACUCGUGUUCGGAGAUAUUUUGAAUCGAUAACUAAAAUAGCUUACACUAAAUGUAUUAGGGUAAUAAUCAGUGGUUUAAGCUAAAAAUGUCUCUACAUGUGCUUUGGGGCAAGCGCCACCAUUACUCAAGACGGUCUCGAAUUAGUUUAAUUAACUAUUUAAUAUUUUAGUGAAUACCUAUCAAAUACUUAGCUAAUGAUAAAUCUUAUCUAUAAAUAUGUAUUAUAUGGUCUACUUAAUUGUAAAAAUUGUAAGACAUAGUUUGUCUUGAAUUAUAUUGCAAAUUUUCACUCGCGAAACUUGUUAACGAUUUUUGACUAUACAAAAACUGGUGUUCUAAUAUUCUUAACGCCAACGAACGACUUGAUUUGUGUUUUUUUCAACUUAGUUUUCUCCCCAACAAAAUCUUAAUGCAAUGUAAGACUCAAGCUGGAAUAAAAUGUCUUGAAAUUAAAUGCUUUGUAUUUAAAUAUGAAAAUUACAAUAUAAUAUAAUCAAGCUGUUUAAAUAAUACCUAUUACUAUUUCUUGCAUUACGGUUUUCUUGAAUAAUUUAUGGGCGCUCACCCUUGCCAGUGUGGUAACUAUGAAUUAUUCUAUAACUUUACAAUUCAUAUUCACAUUGAUCAGUGCAGUAUGUUUUAUAAUACAAAAUCAUUUUUUAUUUACAACAUUUCUAUUUUGUUAUUAUACUAUUUUGUCUAUUCACUAAAGUAAAUUCUAAAGUAAAGCGCACAAGGCAUUUGCAGCUGAGCUUUAAUUUGACAUUUGAAGUCAUUUAGGAACACUCGCAGUCACAAAUAACUUUAAUUAUUACAGUCGCAAAUGCGCAUGCAUUUCACGGUUGCAUUUCUGCAAGUAAGUAGUGCAAUUAUUAACUUACUAGGUUCACGCCAGGCUGUGAAGUCUGAUUAAAUAUGUACAUUUUCUUUUAUUUAUUUAUAUGUUAUUUAUAGCCAAUAGAGUGAAUUGAAUGGAUAAAAUGCAAGGCGUAAUGCAAGUGUAUUCUUGAGUGACAAUGGUGAGGAUUGUUCCAAGUCGUAUUAACUAAAUUAAUUGUAUUAAUAAAGAUAAUUUAAAAAUAGUUAAUAUAAGUUAAAGAUCUGGUCCGGAUUUGACAAUUGUUUUAAUUCGAAUGAAUAACGCCUGAAAUAAUAAUGAAUUAUCGAUACUAUAUUAGAUAAUUAUAAGACGUCUGGUUAUACCACUUCAUAGUUAUCUGCCAACAGCCGGUCCAGUUCUUUUCCACUUUCUAUAUAUAAGUAACUUGACUUAUAAAUAGAUAGUGGAGUCAAUUGUAUUGUACAAAAAUUACUAAACUAAGCUCAAUUGACAGAGCUAUCCUUUUCACGAUGCUCGAUAUAGAAAAGGAGAGCCAUACUUGAAGAGCUGCCAAUUUGGUUUAGUUUAGAUAUUCGUGUAUAACAGAAUUAGCACCAAUUACUAUAAUUAUAUCAAAACUUAUCUGGAAGUCAAUCUAACUCAAUAAUAUUUUACGUUUUGAAUUAUGCACUAAAGAAAAAUGCGAUUGUCUUAGGUGUGUUUUAUUAGAAUAACGAAAAUGAAAUAAUUAUUAAAUUAGAUUGAUUCUCAGAUUUGUCUGUGUAGUCUACAUGUUUAAGCCAAACUUAAAAGUGUAUUUACAAUGUAUUUCUUGCCAAUAUCUAUUGUAAUCAAAAAGUCGCUUAUCGUUAUACCUAUCACAGAAAAUAUUUCGGCGGCUACAGCCGACCCACAUAUAUUAUAAGCGAUUUAUUAGGACGAUCUCGAAUUGCUUUCCAUUUAUCUGCAAUACUGCCAUUUAGAAUGUAGAACUAGCCCGCAUUGAGAAAUAUUUCCACUACAAAUAAUCUUAAUUAUAACUUCGGAAAAGCUAGGCAGUGUUUUGUCUUACUACAACUGACAGCACCUUUCAAAUGACAGAACGUGAAAAUACACUGCAUAACUAGGUAUUCCGACGCUAUGCCACGUUUUUUAAUAAAUCUUAAUCGUGCUCCACAGUAGGACUUUAUUACGCUGAGAAUAGGAUAGAUAAAAUUAAAAACCUGACAAUAGUUGUAUUGACUGGUUAUCUAAAUAAUUCUAGUUUGACGCAACGAAGUUUAGAUUAAGAUUUGUAAUUUGUACGGACACAACGCAAAACAUCUAACAAUCAUAGUAAAGACUAAUAGCAGGAAUUUACGAGAUCAGCAACUUUUUUUAUUGCUCUUGCGUAAGCGUAACCCAUUUUUGCUCAUUUGACUACAUUCAAUACUACCUUUAAAACUUAUUCAGUGAAUUGCAAUAAAGGGGCGAUAAAUGAUUUAUUGUUAAUUUAGAUCUAGUCAGCAAUAAAGGGUGCGACCAUUAAAUCGCAGUAUUAUUUCACGCUUAAUGAAAUAGGACCUUAAGAUUUAGACUAUAAGGACGGCUGGUUACGAGCUCGCGAGUGUUAAGUCUAAAUUCUCCAUUAAUCUAUUUCUUAAGAUAUCGUGCUCGAUUGCAUAUGUACGAUUUUUACGUGGUAUAUGCAAUCGAGCAGCUUCUCCUGUCAAGCCAAAGCACUACAUGUACUUCACUAAUUUUGCAGUCACAACCUUGCUUGCGCCCAGCUUGCGUUAAACUUUCAAGACUUAAUUUCCGAUAUCAGCUAUUAUAAAAAUAUAGUAUUCUUUCUACAGGCUGGGGUUAACAGAAAACUACUAUUAUAAUAUCGUAUGUAACGAAAUGUCGCGCCAAAUUUUUUGUACGCUCUUAACAGAAGGCGAGUUGCAUGGAUAUAGUCCGAAGCAAACUUUAUGACUUUUCGAAAUUCUAGCGGUUCGAUGCGCAGAAUACAAUAUUCGGUAUCAACCGAUAAGCGGGACGGUGAAGUUGACUACCGCGCGAAGCUAAACACGUAGCUAACUUCUAGAACUAUAUCAAGUUUGAAUCGAACUUUUCCUAUCGGUAUAGUCAUCAAUAGCACUAGGUAUCGCUAUUUUUCUUGAUAGUAGCCAAUAACUGCGACACAGGAAGAGAAAAUGCCAGGCAAUUGCCUGAUUUUAAAAUUACCCAUAAGUAGUUGGUGCGAUCAUGCUUUAGUUAGUUUAAAUAUUGUGUUUCAUAAGGCGUGUAGCAAAUGUAAUCCAUUAUGAUGAUGAUCUGAAUGUUAUAAAGUAAGGUUUUGUUAUUUAUUCGGGAGAACGAAGUAAGUAUUAAAACAUGAAAUAAACAUAAUAUUAUAAAUUA